CACGGCGGGCCAAGCUCGGGAAGCGGCAGCUCGACGACACCGACCGCUAACCUCUUCAGCCAUCCUCACUUCCGCAUCUCACAUCCCGCGAAGCCGUCUGCAGCUUCUCCACGAUCCUCUCGACUGGGCUGGACUACGUCCUUAUUUGCAAAGCCGCGCACGCGCGAUUUGGCCACCAUGGCGGACCCGCGAGAGUCGUCGUCUUACUCGGUUUUGCCGAGGAUCAACUACAACACCAUUGGUGGUGUCAACGGCCCUCUGGUCAUCCUCGACAAUGUCAAAAACCCCAGCUACAACGAGAUUGUCUCGCUCACUCUGCCUGAUGGCACCGUUAGGUCGGGCCAGGUGCUCGAGGCCCGAGGAUCCCGAGCCAUUGUGCAGGUCUUCGAGGGCACGUCUGGUAUCGAUGUCCAGAAGACCAAGGUUGAGUUUUCUGGCGAGAACCUUAAGCUCGGCGUUUCUGAGGACAUGAUGGGUCGCAUCUUCGACGGUUCCGGCCGCCCCAUCGACAAGGGUCCCAAGGUGCUGGCCGAGGACUACCUGGAUAUCAACGGCCAGCCCAUCAACCCCUACUCCCGGGUCUACCCCGAGGAGAUGAUCUCGACUGGUAUCUCUACCAUCGACACGAUGAACUCCAUCGCCCGUGGACAGAAGAUCCCCAUCUUCUCGGCAGCCGGUCUGCCGCACAACGAGAUCGCCGCCCAGAUUUGCCGACAGGCUGGCUUGGUGCAGAAGGAGGGCAUCACCAACAAGGGCGUCCACGACGGCCACGAGGAGAAUUUCUCCAUUGUUUUUGCUGCUAUGGGUGUCAACCUGGAAACGGCCCGAUUCUUCACCCGCGAUUUCGAAGAAAACGGCAGCUUGGAGCGCACAACGCUAUUCCUAAACCUCGCCAACGACCCAACGAUCGAGCGUAUCAUCACCCCCCGGUUGGCCCUCACUACGGCGGAAUACUACGCCUACCAGCUCGAGAAGCACGUCCUGGUCAUUCUCACCGACCUGUCGGCGUACUGCGAUGCGCUGCGUGAGGUUUCGGCGGCGCGUGAAGAGGUGCCAGGCCGUCGUGGUUUCCCAGGUUACAUGUACACGGAUCUGUCCACCAUCUACGAGCGUGCCGGCCGUGUCGAAGGCCGCAACGGUUCCAUCACGCAGAUCCCUAUUCUUACCAUGCCCAACGACGACAUCACGCACCCGAUUCCCGACCUGACUGGCUACAUCACCGAAGGUCAGAUCUUCGUGGACCGAGGCCUGUACAACCGCGGCAUCUACCCGCCGAUCAAUGUGCUGCCGUCCCUGUCCCGGCUGAUGAAGUCGGCCAUCGGCGAGGGCAUGACGCGCAAGGACCACGGCGAUGUGUCCAACCAGCUGUAUGCCAAGUACGCCAUUGGACGUGACGCGGCAGCAAUGAAGGCUGUCGUGGGUGAGGAGGCGCUGUCGGCCGAAGACAAGCUCUCUCUCGAGUUCCUCGACAAGUUCGAGCGUACGUUUGUGGCACAGGGCCCAUACGAGUCGCGGACCAUCUUCGAAUCGCUGGACUUGGCCUGGUCUCUGCUGCGCAUCUACCGCAAGGACAUGCUCAACCGUAUCCCCGCCAAGGUCAUCAACGAGUACUACCAGAGGACGGCGGACCGCAAGGGCAAGAGCAAGGCGCACCCGGAGGACAGGGCGGCUGAGGAGAACCUGAUUGACGCAUAAAGCCGUGUCCUUUUGUCGGUUCUAGCUGUCGCAUAUUGUGUGAUUUGAAUAGGUUGGUGAUGGGCACCUACCUAAGUAGGCACUUUUGAUAUUUUAUGCGCAAUGGAAUUGUGUUGUUCAAACAUGGGUGUGGCCCCUGAGUGGACAUUAGACAAGAAAUAUGGAGGAUCUAGUUUUGGACAUGUCCUGCGCCCAGUCUCUAGGCAGGCUGUGAUUUUGCAGGUGUUGGCAAACGUCAGGUGCGUACGAGUUUAAGGGCAGGUAUCCCUGAGCGCCGCCAUGUUGGAAUGUUGUGGGAAAGGACGGGUAAAGCCUCGAGUCGCAAUGCCCUGGAAAAGCUCUCAUCCUUCACAAACUCUUCCAAGGCACCAACAAUGAUCAUUUUUAACCCUAAAACAUGGAAGCGAUUGUCAUGAUGC